AUGGUCAAUGACUCCUGGGUGCGGAUCCUUGUGACACUCGUGUGGUUCCUCUCCGCCGGCAUCCAUCAACUUUGGUGUUGGCUGUGGUCCCCGAGCACGACUACGAAAUGUCUCGCAUCCAUGGCGUCUGCGCAAACUUACAAAGAGUGGCAGGAGGCUGCAAAUAUGCUGGACAAACACUUGGCUUAUGAUGCCUGGCGCCAGAGCAACUACAGCAAAUACUACGAUUACCGCAUGAUCCAAAGCCGACAUAACCUCUUGGUGGAUGCGCAAAAUGAUCCAGAAGGCAUUGAUAUUCAUACCCUCAUCAAUCUGGUUCAGACGGGUCUCAUACGCAACCUCGGUAACAUUGCAAACCCAAAGCUUUAUAAUCGUGCGUUUUACGGUACGAAGAGGAUCAUUGGUGAAUACAUGCUGCAAGUCAUCGGUGCUAUUAACAUCAUCGAAAAGUAUCCCACGUCGAAAAAUGGGUAUACGGACUCUCAAAAAGAGUCUACAAUAACCAGUUUCAAACGAUCGUUCGGCCAUUCCGCUCUUAUACUGCAAGGCGGGGCUAUGUUUGGACUAUGCCAUCUCGGCGUUGUUAAAGCACUACUGGAGCAGAAACUACUCCCCCGAUGUAUUGUAGGGACCUCUACAAGUGCUCUCGUCGCUGCAUUCGUGGGUGUCCACACUCGUGAAGAGCUCCCGGGGUGUUUGACUGGGAAGAACAUUGAUCUCACGGCGUUUACAAACCGACCCUAUAGGAAAGACACUGGUUAUCUGGGGCGCCUUGCAACGCUGGUUCGCCGUCUGAAAAGGUGGUGGCAUGUCGGCCACUUCCUCGAUCUUGAUGUCCUGGAGGAAAUGUUGAAGGCAAACCUGGGCAAUAUGACAUUUGACGAGGCUUUUUUGCGGACAGGGACGGUGCUGAACAUCAUCAUCACUGGCAGGAACGGACAACCUGUAGUGCUGAAUUACCUCACCGCUCCAUAUGUUUUCAUUUGGUCAGCAGCCCUCGCAUCCAAUGCCGCACCUUCCAAUAAAUUGGAUCGUCCGAUAACAGUCAUGUGCAAGAAUUAUAACGGGGCGGAGAUACCUUGGAUGCAUCCAAGCAUGUCAACGUUCCAACCUCCUGGAAGCCGACCGAAUCAUAAUGCUUCGCCCCUCAAUGAGAUCCGUGUACAAUUCAACGUCAACCAUUUCAUCAUCUCGCAAGCGCAGCCCUACAUUGCUCCACUGCUACGGACCGAUCUACACGAGCCAAACCCAAAGCAUCGUGGACUGUUGAAGGUUAGUGUGAUACUGGUACAAGAGUUCGCAAGGGAGAUGCAUCAUCGUCUACGGCACAAACCUCAAAGUGGCGGUAUAUUGUCCGGACUAGCCUGUCUGAUACUCGACGAAUUCGUCCCUGGACUGAAACUCACCCUCGUCCCCAAAUUCCAGCGCACCGACUUUCCGAAGCUCCUCGACCAUCCAACCCAAGAAGUCAUUGACUACUUCAUCCUCAAGGGCGAGCGAAGCGUCUGGCCCGCCGUCAAAGCCAUCAAAACCCGCUGUUGCAUCGAGAUGGAGCUGUUUGACGCGCUCGAACGUCUCAAGCGUCCCACGCCGCCACAGCCUGGCCAUGGCACAUCCACGGAAGCUCUAUCUAGCGACACUUCCCAAGAACCCCUGGGCUGGCACUUAAGCCAAGGUGGAGCUUCAUCCUCGUCGUCCCAAGGCAGGCUCUCGGGCCUGGCUUUGGCGGGUGCUAGUAUCUCAAGGCGAAGUGGUGAGGGUGCGGCGUCGCAGAUGAGUGCGGCGGAUCUGGAGACACAAAGGAAUCGAGCGCUGUAUGGAGAUUGA